AUUUUAGGACGUCUGAGAUCGAUUCACGAGAUCGAUUCAAUGCAUAGUAUCGAUUAAAGAGAUCGAUUUUUUCGCUCCAAAAGAUCGAUUUUUCGAUUAAUGGAUCUCAGAUCCCCAUCCCUAAUUUGUAAUUCACAAACUUAAUAGAGAAACUUGCUUUUGAGCUAUUUUUAUUUGGAAAAAUAUUAAAGACAAUGUUUCUUUAUAUUGUUAUUAUAAUAAGUACUGUAAUAGCACUUGUUGCUUCAGUAUUAUAUUACUCAUUAGAGCAGAAGAUUGUGUAUAAAAGUUUAAAAAACAGGCAUGUCGUUGUGACCGGUGGCUCCAGCGGUAUAGGGAAAAGCGCUGCUUUGGAGGCAGCCAAGUUGGGAGCAAGUGUUACAAUUAUAGGAAGAGAUGUACAGAAAUUGAAAUCAGCAGUAUCAGAAAUAACAUCACAUUGUUUAAACACCCAACAGAAAGUCCAAUAUGCUGCUUUGGAUGUUACUUCAGAUUACGAAAAUAUAGAAAAAUGUUUAUCUGGCCUUGAAGAAACUAUAGGACCAAUUUUUAUGCUUGUGAAUUGUGCUGGGAUGUGCAUCUGUGGUAAGUUCGAAGAUAUGAAACCUGAAGAUAUCAAGCAGAUGGUAAAUUUGAAUUACUUGGGCACUGCUUUUUCCACAAAGUAUGUGUUGCCUGGUAUGAAAAAAAGAAAUGAAGGAUUGAUUGUCUUUGUGGCUUCAGAGGCUGCAUUUAUUGGAAUUUAUGGAUAUGGUGCAUACAGUGCUGCGAAAUGGGCUUUAAGAGGUUUAGCAGAAACAAUACUGAUGGAAUUGGUGGGCACUGAUGUGAGACUAACCUUGUCGUUCCCGCCGGAUACAGACACUCCUGGCUUCCAAAAUGAGGAACUAACAAAACCAAAAGAAACUAAACUUAUUUCAUCAUCAGGUGGCUUGCAUUCUCCUGAUGAUAUUGGAAAAAAACUUAUCCAUGACUCUAUGGCAGGAAAAAUAUACUCAACCUAUGGCAUUUCUGGAAAGUUGCUGGCUCUACUGUAUGGAGGUUCACUUGAAAGUAUUUCUCAAAUAUUAAUACAGAUAUUUUCUAUGGGUUUUCUAAGGGCUAUUAUGGUCAGUAUUGUAUUAUCAUUCCAUUCCAUUGUUAAAGAUGUUGCUAAAGAAAGGAAACAAGAAACCAAAAAAAGUAUGUAAUAUAUUAUUUGAAUUAAAGGCAUGUUAACCAAAGGAGGCUUACAAAGUCUGUUAGUUGAAUAAUAAAGAAGUACAUACCUACAUUAUUUUGUAAUCAGUGUAUAUGAGCAAUUGUGUAUUUUUGUAUUGCCUUUUUGCACUGCAUUCCUUUCUGCUUGAACGCUUACUUAAUGUGUAACAUGUUGAUUAUGUGUUAAUGUACUUAUGUAGAUCACUUUAAUACUAGGUGUAAUGCUUUUAUUGAAUAUGUUAUAUUUGAAGUAUUAAUAAAACAUAAGUAUUUUUAUGUA